AUGCAAUGGAAUCAGUGCCUGGACACCUUUCAAUUCCUGUGCAACACUGAGUCGGAACCUCAGGUUGUAUCUAAACGAAUCAUACUUUCCGACUAUGCUAAGUUAUUCGACCCUUUGGGCCUUCUAGGGCCAGUCAUCGUCGUCGCAAAACUCAUUCUCCAGGACUUAUGGCAAUUGUCCAUUCAAUGGGACGAAUCCGUUCCUCCGGAUAUUCGCACUCGUUGGGUCGCUUUCAAGGCGCAAUUAGGUGCGUUGAAUCAUCUGAAGAUUCCCCGAUGCAUUAAGCCCGAUGCUCAUCAGUUCGUGCAGAUGCACGGAUUUUGUGACGCUAGUGAGCGCGCCUUCGGCGCUUGUAUAUAUAUCCGCACUCAAUUCGGUUGUAACGAGUAUCAUUCUGAAUUAUUAUGUUCGAAAUCUCGCGUCGCACCCCUCAAAGCAGUUUCGUUACCGCGGCUUGAGCUAUCGGCUGCUUUACUAUUAGCGCGUUUAAUCGCCAAGGUUAGAGGAUCGUUGGACAUUUCAAAAUGCCAGACAUACCUUUGGUCGGACUCAACCAUCGCGUUGAACUGGAUAACUUCCUUUUCACGGCGGUGGUCGGUGUUCGUGGCAAAUAGAGUAGGAGAGAUCCAGCGAUUGACCGACAUCAAGCAUUGGCAUCAUGUUGCAUCUCCGGACAAUCCGGCCGACAUGUUGUCGCGGGGUUUAAACCCUCACGAUUUAAUCGAUACGAAGACGUGGUGGAACGGACCCGCAUUUCUGAAGUGGGACGAGGAACGGUGGCCAUCCAGCAGCUUUGCGCAUUUAGAGAACGAUCUCCCCGAGCAAAAGAGGGUUCUCGUAGCCGCCUCCAUUUCCAAUCCACAUCCAUGCGUUGUGAGCAUCUUGCUAAAUAAAUAUUCUAGUUUGAAUAAGAUAUGCCGUAUCAUAGCUUACUGUUUGCGAUUAUCCAAGGCGCACCGCGCGAAUGCGGUUUCUAAUUCCGUAUCUUCCGCUGAAAUGUCCACCGCUUUAAAUUGUAUUUGCAGAACGGUCCGACGGCAGGCGUUCCACAGCGAAUAUCAAGCGUUGUCUAAAGGCAAUGCCAUAAACACUUCUAGCGCUACGUUAUCACCUUUCUUCUAG